AUGCUGAUCAACGCAGCCCUCCUCCUGGCGCCUCUUACUCUCGCAGCACCCGCGCCCGUCCCCGACGCGCUGCCGGAACACGACCACUUCGUGCCCCUGGCCUCCCGCCAAAUCGGGUGCGUCAGCAACGCGUCCAACGCGGAUGCGCUGCAGCAGCUCCUGAUCCGCGGCGGGUCGGGGUACGUGCUCCGCCUCUGCCCCGGGCAGGUAUACACGCUGGACAAGCCCCUGCUGUUCAACAACACGCGCCAAGAGAUAUCGACGGCAGGCUACCCGACGGGCGCGGCGCGCGCUACGCUCGUCGUCGGCGGCGACCCCGCGGUGAACGUGAACGCGAUCCGCGGCAACCGGAAGGGCAUGGACGGGUGUGCGAUCCGGCACGUGCAGUGCGACGGGAACCGGCGGGACGGGCGGCGCGUGCCCCGCACAGCCGGGAUCAUCGAGAUGGGCGGCCCGACGAGCGGGCAAGUCGUCGAGCACGUGCACUCGUUCGACCCGCGCGGCUGGACGUGUCUCCACACCAGCGAGGGGCCGGACCUCAACUGCCGCGGCAUGCGGGUCGCGCACAACCAGCUCGGGCCCGCGGGGUUUGACGAUAUCAUGGCUGCCGCCCGGCCCGAGAUGGCCGGAUGGAGUGACGGGCUGUCGCAUGCGUGCUCGAACUCGCUUGUCGAGAAUAAUUAUAUUGUCGACGCGACGGACGGGGGGAUUGUGGUGUUUGGUGCGCCGGGCGGCGUAAUCCGCAAUAACACCAUUGUCAACGUUGAGCGCCAGGCGCUCGGCGGCAUCGUGUUCGCCCAAAGCCCGUGGCGCCCGCGAGGGAAUUACCAGGGCUUGCAAGUAUACCAGAACCGGAUCGUGGGGCCUUUUGCGACGUCGUGUGGCGACAACGCCAAGCGCGUCGGGCCGAACAAGUACCGCGCCCUCACCAAGGUCGGCAUCGCCGUCGGCUCGGGCGUGACGCAGAGCGCGCUGCAAGAAGACAUCAAAGUGUUCGGGAUGAGCAUCUACGACAACGUGCUCACGGGCGGGUUCUCCUACGGGAUCGCUGUGAGCCUCGCGCGCGACGUGAGCGUGCAUGGCAACCGGUUUGAGAAUGCCAAGUUUUUCGGCACGCAGCCCAAGCGGUGUUUCUGGAACUCGACAACAAUCGACGGCGAUGGGCAGCAUCCCCACGGGCCCCUCCCGCUGAUUUAUUACGCGGGCUCGACGCACAACCUCCGCCUCCAGAGCGACUUCCAGCAGGCCGAGGCGUGGUAUCUCAUCUGCAUUAAUGCGCCGGAAAGUAACGCAAACGCGUGGCCGUACGCCGAGGGCAUGAAGUGUUAGGCGGUACACUUUGUAAUGACGACAAACGCGAACAAUCUCAUGAGUGGCUGCAGCGCCAGGCGCAAGUGGCGCACUCUUGGCAACACGUCCGCACAGCAGUCUAAAGAUACAGUCGCAUAGCAUACAGCCGUGUAUACAGAUGCUAGCGGAGUCGUUCAAUGCUAGCGGGAGACGCAAUAUACCUGGUACGGGAGGAAGGAUUAAAUCGCUUUGACGUGACUGCCGUGCAGCGCUUUCGUCCAGC